AUGGUAAGACGGUCGGACGGUCUGCCGGUUGUGGUGGUUGUGGAAGCAUCCUGUGUUGAGUCUGACGUGUGUCUGUCCUCUCCCUGCCAAAACAACAGCACCUGCACACUGACUUUGAAUGGCUACCUCUGCACCUGCUCUUUUACCCCGCCUAUAUACACAGGCGAACACUGUGAGAGUUUAUACGACCCGUGUGAAAACGCAGGCUGUCCGUCCAGGUGCUUAAGCACUCCAGGAACUGAGAACUACACCUGUCUGUGUCCCAACGGCUUCGAUGGUCCCAACUGCACCCGAAACAUCAAUGAAUGUGAGAGCAACCCCUGUACGGGACUCAAGAGCUACUGUGUGGAUGGAAUCAACGGAUAUUCGUGCCACUGUCCCAGUGGAUACAGCGGGGAUGACUGCAGGACGAGUGUGCGAGACUGUGCUUAUGACCCGUGCUAUAAUAACGCCACCUGUGUGUGGGCGCCGAGCGGCUACGAGUGCCAGUGCGCCGCGGGUUUCCGGGGUCAACACUGUGAAGAAGACAUAGAUGAGUGUCUGUCACAGCCCUGCAGGAACGGCGCCAUCUGUCAGGAUGGGAUUGACCUGUAUCAGUGCUACUGUGUGCCUGGUUUCCAAGGUUACCACUGUGACAUCGACAUAAAUGAGUGUGCAUCCCAACCCUGCGAGAACAACGGGACAUGCAUCAACGGGAAGGACCGUUACAUCUGUGAAUGUCUCAUUGGGUUCACAGGAGUUAACUGUGAAGUUGACGUUGAUGAAUGUGAGACAGAUCCCUGUCAGAACGGCGCCACCUGCCAUGAUCACGUGGGAUUGUACACCUGUGAGUGUGUGCCGGGAUACGAGGGCAUCAACUGUGAGCUGAACAUCAACGAGUGUGACAGUUCACCCUGCCAACAUGGAGGAACAUGUCUGGAUAUGGUGAAUGGUUACAAGUGUGAAUGCAGUGGCACUGGAUUUGUGGGCUCUUUCUGUGAAGACGAUAUACCAGAGUGUGCAUCGGACCCCUGUCAGCACGGGGCCACCUGCCAGGAAGGAGUUAACCAGUAUACCUGCCUCUGCUGGCCAGGCUAUGAAGGUGUGAACUGUGAGCUUGACGUGGACGAGUGUGAAGCGCAGCCGUGUGAGAAUGAUGGUGUAUGUUUCCAGCGAUCCGACUCCAGACACUACAGAGUUCUGCCUGAACUGGACACGGACUUCAGCUACGAGAGCGCAGCCGGAUACCUGUGCCAGUGCCGCGCUGGAUUUACAGGUGACGACUGUUCAGUUAACGUGAACGAAUGUGAGUCCACGCCGUGUGAAAACGGAGGCACCUGUGAAGAUCUCAUCAAUGCGUUUCAGUGCUCGUGUCCUGCGGGGUUCACAGGUGUCAUGUGUGAGAUUAAUCUGGACGAGUGCGAGAGCAAACCAUGUCAGAACGGCGGCAGGUGUGAAGAUGCCAUUAAUGACUACUUGUGUUACUGUCCACCUCCUGCACCGGACCAGCUGCCCUGGGGCGGCCACGACUGUGACAUCCCGCUGACCGGCUGUGUGCCUGACCCCUGCCAAAACAACGCCACCUGUGUGCCUUCACUGCACGGAGACCAGCAUCAGCACACCUGCAGAUGCCCUUCCGGUUUCCAUGGUGACACAUGCGAAACAUCCACCACCUUCUCCGUGACAACGGGAGGUUAUCUGGUCAUCGAGGUCCCGCAUAUCAACCGGACCCGCAGGCAGGUGGGAUCGCAAGGGCCCAGUGUCCAGCUGAGGUUCAGGACGACCUUGCCGGAUCUAAUUCUCUUCUUCCGGGGAAGCCAAGAGCACUUUUUCAUACUGGAGCUAAUUGGUGGAAAUCUGCACUCCAGAGCCGAAUCAGGAGAUUUACAGUUUGCUGUGCAGUUAAGCGGGGAUUUCAGCGAUGGACUCUGGCACGAAGUCUCGGUUAGUGUGGAUGAGAGACUAACUCUGACCUCGUUAUCGGACAACAUAACCAAAGUUGAGGAUGGAGGUCACAACCAGCUUCUGUCCUUCCAGCCGCACGGCUUGGAGAAAGUCUACAUCGGCGGGGUGCCGCAGGAGUACCUCAACCGAACCACAUCCAGGACGGGAUUCGUGGGCUGUUUUGAGGAUCUGCUGGUGGAUUCUCAGCCGGUUCUUCCCCAAAGCUUUAGCCCGCAGCCGGACGUCGAGAUGGUCUGUGAGAAGAGCGACUGGUGCGGUCCGGACCCCUGCUCUGAGCGCGGCCGCUGUGUGGAUCUGUGGUCAGACUACAGGUGCGACUGCCGCAGCCCGUUUCAUGGACACAACUGUUCAGAAGAGUUCACUUCAUGGACGUUCAGUCCCGAGCGCAACAGGAGCUUCGCUGCGUUUCCCAUCAUGCAGCAGCACGCCGGUGACGUGAGCGUGUCCCUGUGGCUGAAAUCACGUCAGUUAAACGGCCUGGUCUUUCAGCUCCAGCGUGAGGAUCAAGCUUACCUCACUGUUUUUCUGAAAAACGGCUCACUGUACAUUGCGUUAUACAACUCCAUCAGAAAAGCCUCCAGCUUCCUAACCGAUGGGGAGAAGGUCUUUGUGGCCAUUAAAAAAGAAAAAGACUUUAUAUUGUUUAAUCAAACGCAGCAGGUUUUUACUCCCAUAGAGAUGUUUGGUGUCGAGGUGGAGGCUGGAGAUGUGGCGUAUCUCGGUGGACUUCCCGAAGGAGAAAACGCCAGACAGUGGGGUGGAUAUUUUAAGGGCUGCCUGCAGGACGUCCGUAUAGACGACACACAGCUGUACAUGUACUCCGGCAGCAUCAGCCACAAACCACAGCAUCCCAGCUACUUACCCAGAAACUCCUCUAAUGUGCUGGAGGGCUGUGUCGGAGACCAGACGUGUAAGAUGAAGCCGUGUCAGAACGGAGGGAAAUGUCAGGUCAUCUGGAAUGACUUUGUGUGCUCGUGUCCGCUGAACUUCUCUGGGAAGACGUGUGACACUCGUGUGUGGUGCGUCAGCGAUCCGUGUGACUCUGGGACUCGAUGUGUGGACUUACCUGACGGUUAUGAGUGUUUAGCCAACGCCACGUUUGAGAGCGACGCUUUGAAGUUCAGCGCCAAUGGCUCCUUGUUCCUCCCUGUGACGAGCAUCUCGAUGCAGCUCCGGACGCGUGAGGAGAACGGGACGCUGUUACGCGCCUCCAGCCGCCUGGAGUUCUUCUGCAUGGGGCUUCUGAACUCCUCCCUGAUCGUGAAGUUUCGUGACGGGAACAGUCUGGAGGUGCACGCCUUCACCAGCGACGUCCCUGUUUCUGAUGGAGACUGGCACCAGGUGGAGCUCUACACGUCCAGCCCGAGGAUCUCAGCGUCCCGCUGGCACCUCGCUGUGGACGGUCGAUCGGCCGGAUUCAGUUUGGCAGCCGCCGGCAACAUGGACUUCUUCAACUCCUCCACCGUUUUGUUGGCGGAGAACUACACCGGCUGUUUGGGCGAGGUGCGGAUCGGUGGCGUUUAUUUACCGUUCUUUGGACACCUAGAGGAAGAAGCACCGCAAACGUCACAGUACAUCCGAGUUGGUGGGAUUUCGGAGCCCCGUCUGGGAUGCACCAGCUCCUCCUCCUGUCUUUCUGAUCCCUGCCUGAACAACGGCACCUGCACGGACCUCUUCAAUCUCCUCUCCUGCGCAUGUGGCCCGGGAUGGACGGGUGAACGCUGCCAGGAGAACGUCGAUGAGUGCGGCUGGCAGCCCUGUGUCCGCGGGACAUGCCGGGACGUGCCGGGGGACUAUGAGUGCCAGUGCAUCCCCGGAUAUACUGGGAAGAACUGCCAGCUGGAGGUGCCUGAGUGCCAGGAGCAUCGCUGUGAGAACGGAGGCUCAUGUGUGGCUGCGGUUACAGGAUACACCUGCGUCUGUCCACCUGAUCACACCGGACCAUUCUGCCAAUGGCGUUUUCCUCCUCGGCAGUGUGAUGUGGAUUUACAGUGUGAACAUGGAGGCGUUUGCACUGAUGGAUGGUGGGGAGCGAACUGUACCUGCAGACCGGGCUUCACCGGAGACAGAUGUGAAGUGGACGUAGACGAGUGUGAGUCGGACCCGUGUCGUAAUGGAGGCACGUGUGUGAACAGACACAAUCACUACCUUUGUGAGUGUGUGUCCGACUUCAGCGGAGAAAACUGUGAGGAUACGAAGCAGCAGCAGCAGGAGCGCGUGCCGUGGCUGAUGGUGGCCGUCCCGCUGGCGUGUCUGGCUGUCCUGCUAGCAGCGGUCGGGCUGGUUUGUCUGGUUCUCACUGCCCGGAAGAAGCGCCAGACGGAGGGAACCUACAGCCCCAGUCACCAGGAAGUAGCUGGAGCCCGACUGGAGAUGGGCAGCGUGCUGAAGGUGCCUCCCGAGGAGAGACUGAUCUGACAUCGGUCGUCCUGUGGAUGGUUUGGGCCGAACACACAUGUAACCGUUACACUUUAAAGCAGCAAAGCUGAUACAUGUGGCUUUAUGUUGAGCACAGCUGCGUGUGCCUUCUGUAGAAGGAUAAUGGAGAAAACACUGGUGAUUCUCCAUCAUGAUCACUCACUUUCACCACUCUGAGUAAGAGAGCAGAAGGUCAGAUGAAGCCAAUGUGAGAAAUAUACACUGUGACCACUUUCCAUCCCAUAUGGCAAAAAAAUAAUGGCCCAAAAAAUCUAUUCACUAAAAAAUGCUUUAAAAUAUAUUUGUAAAAAUAUUUUUUUUUUACCGAUAUU